GUAUCGCCGCCUGUAGGUGCCUGAUUACCGUGGGAUGGGCUUUAUCGCCGUCGCCAAAGAAACCUCCACUGGGUGCAUGGUGGAGUGGCGGACCGGGACCUGGGCGCGGGACAGAACGGAAUAAACUUCGGUUAAAGAAAUAAAAAAUAAAAAAAUGCGUCGGCUGUCCCUCGGAAGCGGGUUUCAGACUCGUUGCUGAAGCGCUGGGGGUCGUUUUUUUCCCCCAUCGAGAGAAGCGCAGAGGAAUGCUGAGGAAGGAAAACCCCCGGUCGUACCGAGAGUUCAACGACGACGACGACGACGAUGAAGGCAAGGGACGGUCUCCGGAGUUUUUCGACCACGCCACGGAAGACCUGGAGCGCGAGGACCCAAACGGCAGCAUCUCACAAGACGAUGACACCAGGGAGAGCAAUCCGUCGAUGAGAUUUAGUAAAACCUGCCUGAAGAACGUCUUCACGGUGGUGCUCAUCUUCAUCUACCUGCUGCUGACCGCGGUGGCGGCGUUCCUGGCCUACCAGACUAUCUCGGACUUUUUGGACAAACUCAACCACCCUGUCAUGUCUGUCACCUACAAGGAGGUGGACUCGUUUUCUCCCCCUGGCAUCGCUCUGUAUCCUGGCAAAGCGCAGCUGCUGAGCUGCAGACAUCACUUCCAUGACUACAUCCCACCUUUGGUGGACCCAGGCAGGCCUCAAGAAGGGGACUGUAUGAUCAACGAUGUGGCUUACAUUGGGCCAUUUGCAAAUCAGACAGAGAAAAGAGCUCUGGUGGUCCGCGGCCCUUCCGAUGUCAGGAACAGAGAGUUGAUCUUCAUGCAGUUCAGUCAUAAUGAAACAGAAGAGGACUUCAGUGCCAUCACUUACAUGCUUUUUGCCAAUUUUAGCGACUUGACCAACAGUGCAAAUAAAUCAGAGUUCAUGAGGGACUGCGAGAGGAAUUACUCCACGUGGACCUUCUCUGGAGGAUUCAGAACCUGGGUCAAGAUGUCCUUAGUGAGGACGUCUGGGAAAAACAGUGAAUCUGUGGAGUUUCGGCAGGAGUCCACUGUGGUGAAAUUCAAUGAUAAAAGACCCGAGUUGGAGCAAAGCAAUGAGCUUUUCUUUGCCGUUUUCGAAUGGCGGGAUCCUUUUAUGCAAGAAAUCAGACUGAUAGUGACUGCAAAUCCCUGGAACUCUGUAGCCAUCCUCUGUGGGGUCUUCAUGGCGCUCUUCAAGGCUGCUAAUUUUGCCAAGCUCACUAUUCAGUGGAUUAUCAAGAUGCGCAAGAGGCAUCUGAGGAAUAAAGCGCGGGAACUGAACCAAAUCAACUGAAGCACUGAUGAAACAAUCUUUCGAGAUCCAUAUGAUUCAACUUCUGCAACUUCAGGAACCUUGCUCACAGAAUUUGUUUUAUAGACGGUAUUGACUCCAUUGUAGUGGUUUAACAGAGGGUGAUAUGUUCUAGCCGAAUAUUACUGCUAGAUCAAUCGUUUCCUAUUAUUUCCUAAAAAUUGACAGUUUUUAAAUUCAAAGGUUUUUUUAGUUCUUGCAUUCAAAAAAAAAAAAAAGAGGUAUUUCCUCAUCUAUGGAAAUACAGCCUUGUAUGCGCAUACAAGCAAAUGUUGGGAAAGUUUGUGAGUCAGGGUGUCUAAGGAAACUGAAGGCCAGUGAAAAGAGUAAAUGUGAACUUUGGUCAAAAUGUUGCUGGAUUAUGGAUUGGUUCUCGGGUUGAUAAUGUGAUUUUAAAGGGAAUAUUGUUGUCUUUUAUUUGUGUGUCUUGCUUUUUCAAAGCAACGCUGAGUAAUAUCCUGUCUAUGUCGCAAAGCGUUAUCGUGGAAAUGUAGCUAAACAGAGUUUAUACUGACACUGACCACUUGAUACUAGUAAACUCUAAAGGGAUUAGAAAAACUACUUUUAUCUUCUGUCAGAAUGAUCUGCUGUUCAUUUUUGUAGAGUUGGAGCCAAACAUGUCCUGGAUGAAUUUGUGUCCAAAUACUGAUGUUUUUAUUUGAAAUUUAAUUAUGUGUCGUAAGAACAUAUCAGUGUUAAGUAACGUUUUUAAAAUUGACUUGAAUUAUUGUCUGAAUUGUGCUGUUGUUCGCCAUUGUGUCUGACACACUAUGUUUU